UCGCUGGAGUGAAACCUUGCAGAUCACAGCGCGAGAGUGGACAAAUGGAGACAAUUGGCUGAAACACGGAUUCGGUAGUAAGACUAAUAUCUGUAUAGUACUAAAGGACACAACUGAAACGUUUCACAUGGGGAGCUAAAGGACAAAAUGACGUGUAUGCGUUACACUAUGUUACUGUUCUCAGUUUUGGAGCUGUUGUUGUUGUUGUUAGGACACACAGCUGGUUUGUCGCGCGCUUUACGCCUCGCUAGCGAUGAGAACGCGUCUCCAGGCGCGAGAGUCCCGCGUGCUGUGCUGGCUGAGACGUUAGAGGCUACUACCACCAUCCCAAACCACUUACAGGAGGACGACAGGGACUCCAGAUUUUCACCUUUCACCCCCAAAAUGACCAUCACAUCCAGGACCACUGGUAAAACUAACCAACUACAGCCCUUUUGGCAGACCACCACGGCUGCGCCUCUGACCAAAACAAUGGACCCAACCUCCAAACGCAGUAAAGCCAAAGAAAACAACACAUUCUCCACAACACAAAACGAUACAGAAAAACCUACUUCUUCCUCUCCAUUAAGUGGCACUAAAAACACAACACCGCCUGCACUGGAUACUGCAAACACUUCAUGGACCGUGAAAAGCACCUCAAAGCCUCUUGUGACCACUGAGAGAGGCCAUCAGUGCAACUGUCGUGCUGAGGGUUCACAGGACCAAGAUACCUGCAACUCUGCCACAGGUCAGUGUGUCUGUCUAACUGGAUACACGGGUCAGCAUUGUGAUGAAUGUGCCGAUGCGUAUUUCACCAAUGGGACCGGUGGCUGCCAGGCCUGUAACUGUGACUCCUAUGGAGCUGUGAAUCGACUCUGCAAUAGUUCAGGCAUGUGCAUCUGCAAGAUUGGAGUGCACGGGGACAAGUGUGAUGACUGCCGCCCAGGCUUCUCGAACUUCAGCAGCACAGGGUGCCAACCUUGCCAAUGCAAUAAUCAUAGCAGCUACUGCCACCCACAGUCAGGCAACUGCACGAACUGCCAAGGCAACACCGAAGGACCCAGCUGUGAGAAGUGCAGGUAUAAUUUCUACCGAAGUCUCAGUUCUCCCGUAACAGAGUCCUGUGUACCCUGCCCCUGCUCCAGUGUCACCUCCACAGGCAGCUGUAAGCUCGACUCAAGCGGCCAGCCUUUCUGUGUCCAGUGCAAGCCAGAGUACAAGGGUCCCAACUGUGAGCAGUGUAGUGAUGGCUUCUACAAUGCCGACAGCAUCUGCCUUCCCUGUAACUGCAGUGGGAACGGAGACCCCCACAUAUCUCCCCGGAUCUGUCACCCGGACACGGGCCACUGCCUGAGCUGCAUCAACAACACUACAGGGCCACACUGUGAGCACUGUGCGGAGGGCUUUACAGGGGACGCACUCACCAGGAACUGCACUCCUACAGUCGUCCACACUACUCCUUCAACCACUACCCUCUGGUUUCACUACACCACCAUGACCUCCAGCCCCAAUGCUACAGCACAAUUCACCACCCUCUCCACAACUUUGCUGAGCAGCCUGGGCAGCUCCACCCCCAACAACACCGCAACCACCACCACAGUGACUCCGGUCCCGUGGAACCAGUUUAACAUCAUUAUCCUGGCAGCCAUCAUCAUAGUUGUCAUUGCUCUCUUGGCAGUGGUAGGUGGCGUGUACACUUACAGAAAAUAUCAGAACCGCAAGCUGAAUGCCCCAUUCUGGACCAUCGAGCUGAAGGAGGACAACAUUAGCUUCACCAGCUAUCAUGACUGCAUUCCGAACGCAGAUGUAUCAGGGCUUUUAGAAGAUGAAGUUAGUGACAUGGAAAAUGGACAACUUGCUUUAACCGGUCCUGGUUGUUUGUAUAAGGUGUAACUGAUGUUCCGUCACAGAAACUGGGCUGCUACAUCGACACUGGGCAGAUUGUGGACCUGUGGAUAUAUU